AUGACUAUAGAGUUGAGGAGCUGGGAGCCGAGGAGGAGCGAAAUGACCAGAAUGCCACUGAGCUUCCCGUCGAUCGACAUCGGAGGACUCUCGUCGAAUUGGUGGGACGAGAUCAACGAGUCGGUUAAAUGGCAAGAUGGGAUCUUCUACGCUCUAUGUGCCGCCUUCGCCCUUGUCUCCUCUGUUGCUUUGGUGCUUCUAUUGAUACUCCUGGAUCUUCCUGGACUUCUGUUUUUCUCAACAUUUACACUUCUUGUCCUAUUUUGGGCUGAGAUUUAUCACCAGGCAAGUAAAAGACUUAUUGCCAAUGCAAGAAGUUUACCGACAGAUAAGCUCAGAGUUUGGUACAUUUCAGUUAAUGGUGCAGUGUACUUCAUACAGGCUUGUAUUUGGGUGUACCUCUGGAUAGAUGACAACAGCACUGUGGAAUUCAUUGGGAAGAUAUUUAUUGCCGCAUUUGUACUUACUUCAAUAUUUUACUGCAGUGGUAUCGCUUAUAGCAGCAUUAGGGUUCCUGCUAUAUGGAGGAAGGUUGGAUCUGUGACGGCCAUAUGCUUCGCGUGCUUCCUUAUAAGAUGCUUUAUGGUAAGGUUCAGACUAUCUACUGCUCAUUAUUUCUGGAAAGAUAUGUUUUCUUUGCUAAUGCUUAAAGUCAAAUUCAAAGAUCUUAUAGGUCAAAUGUCGAUGAGCUUUUCUGCUUGUAUGAUGAACUCAAGUCUUCAUAUGCAGGUGGUUUUAUCUGCUUUUGAUUCUGAUGCAUCGCUUGACGUACUGAAUCAUCCAGUUCUAAAUCUGAUCUAUUAUAUGGUAACAGCACCUGUUGUUGAAAUCCUUCCUUCGGCGCUCGUGCUCUACAUCCUGCGCAAGUUGCCUCCUAAGAGAAUAUCAGCCCAAUAUCACCCCAUUCGAUAGCCAUGGAACAUCUUUGUCUAGGCCUUACUAUCCUUUUCACCUCAAAAGACUGGUUUUGAUGGCUCCGGCUUUAGAGAUUAGUGCAGUUGAGUAAGAGAGAAGCAGAGCCAGAAAACAAGUCCAGAUGCAUUUGUCUGGUAUGGCUCAUGAUGUCAGUGAUUCUCUUAGUAACAUGUAUGAUACAUGGAUCUCUUUAUGACGAGCCAAGGGAGUUGUGUUGACUUGAUUUUGUUCAUGGUUUCCUGGCUUGAAGAUUUAUUUAUUUGAUUAAAUUGUGUCCUGUUGCCCUAGGUCUUGUAAUUUUUAUUUGAGAGGGUGUUUGCUAGCAUCAUUCUGCAUGUAACAAUUAUUAGUGUCACUCAGUGUGCUAUGCUGUUGUCUCUUAUAAAACAAUUUUUUGCUAGUCGGAAGACUUGUACUAUUAUUUCUUCAGAUGAAUGGUUGAUCUCUAUUUCCUG